AUAAAUAUGGGGGUCUGCUUCCACCCUCAUUGCCUUACAAGAAAGAUUGUCCACAAGAGCCAAAAACACAAGCAAAUUUAGCUUAUCUACAUCUACUCUCUCUCUCUCUAUAAUAUUUUUCUAAUCUCUCAUGGCCAAGACUUCAGACCCUCUGGUGGUUGGGGGGGUUAUUGGAGAUGUAAUUGAUUAUUUCAGCCCAACUGUGAAAAUGACAGUGACUUAUAACUGUAACAAGCAGGUUUAUAAUGGCCAUGAGCUUUUCCCUUCUGCUGUAACUCAGAAACCUAAGGUUGAGGUCCAGGGAGGUGAUAUGAGAUCCUUUUUCACUCUGGUCAUGACAGACCCAGAUGCACCUGGUCCCAGUGAUCCAUACCUGAGGGAGCACUUGCACUGGAUAGUGACAGACAUCCCGGGCACCACAGAUGCCACAUUUGGAAGAGAAAUGGUGAGCUACGAGAUGCCAAGGCCAAACAUAGGAAUCCAUAGGUUUGUGUUCCUUCUGUUCAAGCAGGAAAGAAGGCAAACGGUGUCCACACCAAGCUCAAGGGAUAAGUUUAACACAAGAAAAUUUGCAGAAGAAAAUGGACUAGGCCUGCCUGUGGCAGCUGUGUUCUUUAAUGCUCAGAGGGAAACAGCUGCAAGGAGACGCUGAUCAGGAAAAGUACGCAGAAAAGAGAAGAAAGAAAAUAAAAAACGGUUGCAAUAAUGGAGCCCCUAGCUACGUCUGUCGUAUCAGUCGCACCAAUUGAUCUAUUAUUAUUAUUAUAUUGUGUACGUAGGUAUCAAUUAUCAAGUGUAUUUGGAUCUUAAUGAGAAGAAGUUGUUAAUUUAGCUAGAAUAAGUUUGGGAUAUCCAUGUUUGUUUUGUACCUUUGAUCCUAAAAUUAUAGUGUCCUAACAAUGGACUUCUUCCU